GAAACUGAGAGAAGCCACUUAAGAAAUCCUAUUAGCUGUCUGCUCUCUAGCUUCUUGCACAGCCAACCACUUGAAGGAGAAGGAAUUCUUCAAUCUCUUGUUUGAAAAACCUUGGACUAUUUUCUGCUGUUCCACUCCCUUUGCUCCCACAUUUCGGUGAACAAAAGAUCCAAAGAGGAGGAUGAGGCAGCUAAGAGGAAAACCCAAAAAAGAGACCUCCAAAGAUAAAAAGGAGAGAAAACAGGCAAUGCAAGAGGCCCGGCAACAAAUCACCACUGUUGUGCUUCCCACGCUGGCUGUCGUGGUACUGCUGAUUGUUGUGUUUGUUUAUGUAGCAACUCGUCCAAAUACAACUGAAUGAUGCAGCUUUUCAGACUUCGUAGCUUCGGGGUAUUAAUAAUUUUACCAAGAGCCAAAAGGAAACUCUCUGCCACUCUUUUAGUUCUUUACAAAGGAACUUGCUGGUAUUUUCAGUCUUUCUCUUGGUCAGGGUCCUGCGGAUUCUCUUUAGGAAUGUAACAUAAAACGUAUUAGUGAAUGUGCCAGUACGUUUUAUGGUCCAGUUCAUGUGCCUUUCAGACUUUUAAAAUGGUGUUUUUCUUAAAUCUGUUUGAAGCUCUAUAUUGUCAAAGGAAAUCGUGUUCUGCUAUAAAUUUGUAAAAAAUCAGCUUUCAGCUUUUAUCAGUGUUACGGAUAAUGUUGCUCCUGUGAGCUCUUGUAUGUCUAUUUCAGAACUUCCAAAGAAGUACAUUUCUUCUUUGUACUUAAUGUCAUAUGAAGUGCUUUGAUUCAGAAAGGAUAUAUUUAUUUUUUGAAUAAAAGAGAGAAGUCUUACUUGUAAUCUUCAAAUUAUUUUGCAAAAAAUGUGACUUAUUGUGCAAGCCUACAUUGUGUAAUAAUUUUUUCAUCAAACACCAUAU